CUUUGCGUCCUCUGUUUAUCCUGCUCAGUCGUGCAAACACAUUUGGCAGCUUAUCUAUCUACUCCAGCUUGUUGUUUCGCCCGUCUGCACCUCUCUUGCUUACAACCCCAAAGGGACCCAACUUUCUGUUUCUUCUCCUGUUUACAACCUCGUCAAGCCACCUCAGGUUCACCAUCCAGCAGCAUCCAACAAGUCAUAAUUGGUGCUUGGGUCACCACGUUUUCAUUUUCACUCAGAAGCCACCAUCCCAUUCAAAACCUGUGGAUCCACACUAUUGCUACGAUGGACCAGAAAGGCAGCAACCAGAUUCGGGACUUCGAGUACGACAUUGGAAACUCGGACCAUAUUGAAUUUUUGCGAUUAGCCAACGAAGUUGGCUGCCUACCUCACGGCCCAGAUCAUCAUAUUUUGCAACGUGGAUUGGGAAGUCAAGGUCGUUACACUAUCGAUGCCCUCUUUCAAGGCGAAAGCUUCAAAGUAGUUCCGCUCCUCGCCAACAACUUUGAGCAUCAGCAUCUCAUCCACUCCGGGCUUUUUAUUAAAUUGUUCCCUACCACCUUUCUGGAUUACCUUAAAUACGGUUUGCACACUCGCGAAGUUUAUUUCUCUUUGGAAGACAGCAGCUCUAUUACGCUCCUUAUGCAGGGUGUUGAACAGGCUCUUCGUGAAGCUUUUGAUCCGUCAUCUACUCAAAUUGAAGUAUCCCCCAAGAAAAACUUCAGUCAGUUGAUGGGCCGGGAGACAGUGGAGAUAAUUGUUGGGGAAGGAGAGGAUGCAAAGGAAUUUGUGGUUCAUAAGGAGCUCCUCAUGGACAAGGUUUCCUUCUUCAAAAAGUUGUUUGACGGCGGGUUUCUUGAAUCGUCAGCGGUCUCGGCAACCCUACCUGAAGAUAACCCAGACGCAUUUGAAGUUUUCGUCGAAUGGGUCUAUUGCUCUACUGUGAAAUCUCUCCAUAGCGUGGGACGUUCUAAAUAUGAUCAGGCCGACCUGGCAAUCUCGACAGUUGUGCUUGCAGAGAAGUACAUGCUACCUGACCUUGGUGACUGUGCCAUGAGCUUUCUUGCCAAAAUCGGGGAGGAUUUGGUGCCAACAAUGUGUCAAAUGAGCACGCUCUACAACAAGACUCCAUUCACAUCAAAGGCACAUCUGUAUGCUGCGAGGACGGUUGCAUGGGCUUUGGUUAAACCAGAAACCAACGGAGUGUCUAAUGCUUCGAUACACGAUGCCUGCCAAGAUAGCGACUUGUUGCUCGACGCCAUCAAAGAAGUGAGAGGAACAUCUGGUCCCAGUCAUAAAAGUGCUCAUGACCAUUCAGUCUGUGACUACCACAAUCACCCCGAGAUGCUUCAAUGUCCGUACAAGGAGUAUGAACGGACUUCCAACGAUCAGAACGAGUGCUCGGACUACGACCGGAGCAUCAAACGGGGCAGGCACAACAGACGCGGCAGGUAAAUCUAACAAAAUAACCACAACCAGCACAGACAGCAUAGAUAGCAUAGAUAGCAUAGCUGCUAUAUGCAACUAAUUCAAUACAGA